GGAAGAUUGGUUCGGCUUUUGAUGGCUGAAGGUAUUUUCCAAGAAAGAGCAGGGGAAGUCAGGGAGGAUAUUGUUGAAGAAAAUAUCAACCAAUUAGUAGCCCAAGGAAUCCUUCGAAUUGAAAUUGGCUUUAGAAAUGAACUCAAAGUUGUCGAACCUUAUCUUAAAAUCUGUAGACUUAAGCUGCAGCAAGGAGAACUUAUUGAUUGGUUUCUGGGUUCAGAUUCUAAUUUGCCUGAGAGUUCCCGCAUUGUUUUGGUCCAAUAUCAUGGUGAGACUAUCAGGACAAGCUUGAAUGAUGAUCCAAUUAGAUCAUUAUUUGUCUAUUGCACGCGGUAUUCACAAGGAUUAGUUCCCUAUGAGUAUUGGGAGGAAGGCAUUCCUAACGAUCACUGGGCCUCCAUAAGAAGUGCCUUCCAUACCUUUAAUUUUUUAAGGGUUUUGGAGUUUCAUAAUCUUAAAGUUAAGAGCUUGCCAGAAGAAAUAGGAGAUAUGAUAAACUUGAGGUAUCUAGGUUUAAAAAAUUCAGCAUUGGAUGAGAUUCCAGAGAGCAUAGGCAAUCUUAUAAAUCUACAGACUUUGGAUAUUAGAUGGCCUAGAUGUCCAAGGGUAUUGCCAAGUGGAGUUCUGAAUCUUGCACAGUUGAGGCACCUUAUGUUGCCAAGAAAUGGAAUAAAAGUUCCCUCAGGUAUAGGCAUAUUAACAAACCUCCAAAGUUUAAUUAAUCUGUUUAUAAGACCUGGCAUCAUCCAAGAGUUAAGAAGUUUGACUCAACUCAAGAAACUGAAAUUGAUAGACGUAUCAGAAGAACAUGGCAGUGAGCUCUGUGCUUGUAUUAUGAAGAUGACAGGACUUGUGUCUUUAUCUCUAGAAACAAGAGGCUUUGAGAAUGAUGAACUGUUACCCACAUUGGAGUCAUAUUCACCUCCGCCAUCUUUCAGAAAACUUCGCCUCUAUGGUCGUCUAAUGGAUCUACCCAACUGGGUCUGCUCCAUGGAGAACCUUACUAAACUGAUAUUAGGCUAUUCCUUUCUAUCUGAGGAAGCAAUUUCUGUACUUCGAUUUCUUCCCAACUUGAAACAUCUAACACCGUGGGAAGCAUGCAAGGUCAAAGUAAUGAACAAAGAAUUUUGCCGGGUGGGUGGGUUACCUAAGCUAGAGGCACUUGUUAUUGCUAAUCAGAAUCUACUGGAAUGGACUGAAAUUGAAGAAGGGGCAUUGCCAAGCCUAGCAUUCCUCCACUUCCAUUGUUGUUCACAGUUGAGGAUUCUUCCGGAAGGACUACAAUAUGUCACCACGCUAAAAGUGCUGAAUAUGUUUCCCUUGCACCCAGAUCUUAAACGGAGGCUAAGCCGUGAUGGAGGCAAAGAGAAUUACAAGAUCAAACACAUCCCAUUACUAGGGUCGUUUGGUUCCUUUGGAUAGGUAAAUAACAACUUUUUUUUUUUUUCAUGUUUUAAAACAGUAUGCCCACUCAUAUUAUCCUAAGCCAUGAGAUGUAAUUUAGUAUAUAUUCAAGUACUAUUAAUCACUUUUUUUUUUUUUUUUGUGUAUUAUAAUCAUCAUUACAUUCAUGGAAUAUAUUUAAUU